AUGACAAAAGGAAAAGCGCUUUGUAAUGUUUACCAACGAAUACGUUACUUCGAUGAACCAUUUGCGUAUAUUUGCGCAAAUCAUCAAGUGGAAAAUUACUGCUCAUAUUGCUUGAGAAAACCGGAUAAAUGCAAACUUUACAAGUGUUCAAAAUGUAAAUUAGCAAGAUAUUGCAAUAAGGAAUGUCAAUGUUUGGCAUGGAAAAAGCUUCAUCGUGCCGAAUGUAAACGAUUAGAAGCGGUCUUUCCAAAUUUACCACUUUCUGAGGUGUUAUUUUUGAGUCGAAUAAUCGAUAAAGUAUUAUUCAUAGAACAAAAUGGUGACAAAUAUAAAUGGGAAAAAGAUAGGAAAUGGGUUGAUUUAAUGGGCCAUCAGGAGGAUAUUCGAAAUGAUCAGCUUAAAUAUGCUCAUUUCGAAAAAAUUUACGGCAAAAUGGCAACAUUUCGAAAGGACGAAAUGAUUGAAAAGGAGAAAUUUUAUGAAAUUUUUUGCAAAACAACAAUUAAUUCACAUUCAAUACAUACCAAUGCUGGCGAUGAAAUUGGUUUAGCACUUGAUUUAGGCGUAUCCGUCUAUGAUCAUUCCUGUCGUCCCAAUUGCUCGCUUGUUUUCGAUGGAUUUCAUGCCUAUCUAAGGCCAUUAACUUCAGAAACAAAUGCUUCGGAUAUAGUUAAAGCACGUAUAAGUUAUAUUGAUAUUGGUCGUUCACGAUAUCAACGUCAAAAAGAGCUUCAAUCAAAAUGGUAUUUUAAUUGUCAAUGUGAUCGAUGUGUUGAUCCUUCUGAUGCUAUUUUAACAUCAAUACGUUGCAUAAAUGAGCAUUGUGAUGAAGCAUUAAUUAUUACGGAAGAUUCGGAACCGAUAAAUAUCAAAUGUCCGAAAUGUAAACAAAUUACGGAUGAAAAUCAUGUAAAAAAAUGUCAAGAAUUGAUGCUUAACCUUCCGGUUCGAUUUAGUAUCGGAAGUAAAGCCAAAGAUAUUGAAGAAAAACUUAAUGAAGCAAUGAAAUAUUUGCAUUCCAAAAAUGUUUAUGUGACACGUUUAAAAGCGGCACUUCUUCACGUUACCGGAACGCUCAAGGAUAAUUUACUAUUCGUUCAAAAAAGUGUUUAUGAAAAUUACAGAUUAUGUUUUCCACAGUCUGAUAGACAUCUCGCAUAUCAAUUAUUGCAAAUUGUCAAAUCACAUAUCGAAAAGGGUGAAAGAAAAGAAGCUGUAUCAUAUGCAUAUGAGGCGAUGAGUAUAUUUGAAGUAUGCUUUGGUCUCAAUCAUCCUUAUUAUCUUCAAACUCUUGCCCUUUGGACAUUUCUGGAUCAGGAAAUUCCAAAAACAAAUGAUGAAUUGAUUGCAUUAAUGAAUUUCCAUUCUAACAAACCGGUUGAUCUGACAGAAAUUUUACUUAAGGAACAUUAA